AUGGCGCGGGCUCUGCUCGCCGGCGCUCUUCUGGCGCUGACGCUGAGGUUGGCGCCCUCUUUCCUCGUGGCGCCAGCAGCGCGCACCCGCGCACCAGUGCCGGGCGCCAUCGCGCCACCAAAAGUUUCUCCGCAGCAGGACAGCCGUGGCUUGGGCACUGCAGCACUUGGACUCGCCGCAGUCCUGGCCUACAAGGCAGCGCGGCCGAGCCGCCGCAGCUUCGUGGUGAGCGUCAAGCCUGAAGCGCCGGUCCCUGCGCUCACUGGUGGCUCUUUGGGCGAGCAGGUGAACCGCGGUCAGCUCACCGCGCGCCGCAGUCUUUACAGCUGCUACACCCUCUACUUUCGCCGUUGGCGCUACUAUGAGGACCGUCACCGUCGCAACAUCCGAAACCGCGCUUACAACAUCUUCAUGAAGAACCGCUACAAGAAAGCGAUGAAGCAGGUUCUGAACUAUUGCGUGCGGCUGGAGUUCUACGAUGCUCCAGCUCCUGGAAGCGUCGAGGCAGUCAUGAGGCAAGUUAAGCCGAAGCUGGAUGAGGCCUGCGAGUGGAUUGACAUCGUCACGGUGCAAGGCGUGAUCCACCGCAACCGCGCGGCCAAGAAGAAGGAUCGAAUGUUCCGCAGCCUCCUCCGCGGCUGCGUGGCCAAGGGCUACAUUGACAAGCCUGAAGACAAAUGGGUGCCGGCCUACAAGCUCCUCGGCUACAAGAUCCCGGGGUGCACCCAUUUGCGAGAACCGCGGCCCUGGCAGUUGCCGGGCUGGAAAUCCCCGUGGAUGCUGAAGAGGGAGUAUGAGAAGUGGCGCAAACUCACUGGUCGCGCGGGCCAGGCGUAA